AAUAAUUGAACAACUUAAGUUGUUAAUUAAUAUAGGUUUGUAAAAAAUAUUCAAUUGAAAUAAAAAUAAUUUAUUUUGUUUAAAUGUGGAAAUCCAUUAACCGGCGCCAUCUUCAGAAUCAAAUAUCACUGUUAUUUUCACACAAUAAGAUAAGAAAGAGUCAGCAGACUUCUCUUACGUUUAAUCGGACAGUCACUUUAUCAAAAAUAUCUUUAACUACGAUUAUGGCUAAUGAUCAGGAUGACAUCGCGAGAUAUUUCGAAAUUGCGAAAAAUUUAACGUUAGAAGCUGGAAAGUUUAUUACAAGUGUGGAAAAAUCGGAAAAAAUAGUGAAAUCUAAAACAGUCGAGACAGAUUUAGUUACAAACUUUGAUUACAAAAUUGAAGAAUUUUUAUUCGAAACACUUAAAAAGGAAUUUCCUGAUCAUAAAUUCAUCGGGGAAGAAAAAACUGGCCAAUCGGAGCUUUCAGAAUUGACUGACGCACCAACAUGGAUAAUCGAUCCGAUCGACGGUACAGUCAAUUUCGUACAUUCUUUUCCACAAUUCUGCAUUUCCGUAGGUUUAUCUAUUUGUAAAGAAAUAGUUCUAGGAAUUAUUUAUAAUCCGAUCAAUUGUGAACUGUAUACGGCAAAAAAAGGUCAAGGUGCGUACCUAAAUGGAGAACCUAUUCGAGUAUCCGAUGUAACAGAAUUGAAGAAAACAAUGUUGGCGUAUGAACUUGGAAGUAUCAAAAUGUGCGAGCACAAAGACAUAGUUAUUGGUAGAUUAUUGGCUUUAUUCGAUGCAUGUCAAGCUGUAAGAAAUAUAGGUUCUGCUGCGUUAUCGUUAGCUUAUGUUGCUAAAGGCGUAAUAGAUUGCUUUCAAAUGGAUGGUCUUCGACCUUGGGACGUAGCAGCAGGAAUGUUAAUAGUAACUGAAGCUGGUGGUACUUUAUUGGAUUCGAAAGGUGGACCUUUCAAUCUAAUGAAACCGAACACCGUUGCCGCUUGUAAAAGUCAAUUGGCUUGCGAAGUCACGAAAUUGAUCAUUGACACAGACUUGAAGACACGAAGAAAAAGAUUACAACAUACGAAGCAUUAAUAAAUUUAAUUAUAUAUUUGCAAAUAAGUAUUAUAUAAAUUAAGAAAUAAUUGUUAAUAAAAUUCUAUUAUUUUUAAACGCGAUAUAAUAAUCAUGUUUGAUAAAAACCUACUGAAAAUAUAACAAGAAGAACAAUAAUAAUUAAAAAGCAGAGUUAAUUGAUGAAAAAACAAAAAAAAAACAGAGAAAUCUAUUACACGUGAGUUGAUAAUCACGAGGUAUGAUUAAGUAUGUGAAAUACGUUCUAUAAAAUCUUGUUAUAUUCUUCAAGACGUUAAUUAAAAUUGUAUUAUUAAAUCAUGAUGGAGAAUUAAUAUACCUUAUUAUCAAUUAACUACUCUUAAUUAAUUUUAUACUCGUAUGCGAUGACCUUAAAAUGUCUAAUUGUUAAAUGACAUUAUUUAAAGCUAAAGUCAAAAACUUAUGCAAUGAAAAUUAUCGUAGUAUGUAAACAUCAUUAUCUUGUUAUAAUAAUCCGUUUAGGUUUAUUACUACUGUGACAAUCGUUAACACACAAAAUAUUGUAUAAAAUUUAAAUAUAAACUAUUUUGAUACGAUAUG